CUAUUACUGAAAUUUGUUGUAUACAGUCGACGGCGAGCAAGGCCGCGACCCGCGAGUUGCCGCCUUGUUGGCAGUCCAUCUUGUCAGCCAGGUUUUGGAUGAAGCUUUUGUUAUAGCAAACAGUGCUACUGAAACGGGUGGUCAGCAUUGGCGCUAUCAGGCAAUGUUGAAAAAAAUUGAAAGUGAUAAACAAUGCGACGCUGAUGAUGAAGAUACAUCGUUCGAGGCGUCAAAGGGCGACAGUGACAUCGUGAAUGAAAAUAAGAUAGAGCAUGCUGCCAAUGUAGUUGCUACAUCGACGCCGGAAAAAGUUACAGAUGAAUUACAAAAAAAUAGGCCAGAGUCUAGUUUGAUUGGUCAAGGAGACGAAGAACUUGAUAUUCGUCAGAACGAGUUAACCAAAUCAACAUCGAUGUUUAUCAAUCAUCUUUUUGACAUGAGUGAUGUUGAAAGGGUUGUAAUAUGCGACGAGACCGAAAUUGUGCAUAGUACUGCUGAGCCCAGUGAACUUCUUACUGAAGCAAUGAAUAAAAUAAUGGAGUCUUAUGUAAACACUGCGUUGGCUAUGACAAUAGAACAGCCAUUGCAAUCGAUAGCUGGUGCAUUGCCGGUAGAAAGAUCUUCGAGUCCGGAGCAAUCGGACUACUCAUUUUUGACAGACGCUUAUGCCGAGGAUAUUGACAGAGAUAUAGCGUUUUACAUACGAGAUGAUGGUGCUGGUGAUACCGAUAGAAACUUUGCAGCGUCUCAUCUGGUUCCUGCUGUACAAAUAAGAGAGCUUACUGAUGAAAUACCAGAAAAAUUGGUGGAGAGCAAUGAUGUCGCUCGAUAUGAAAAUGCUUACUUAACUUUAAAUCGUGACUAUGACCAAAAUUCAGAAGAUGAAGUUGACCCAAUUUUAGAGGAUCCAAAAGGUAUGACUCUACAAGAAGUGGAGUUAAUGACUGCCAAUACAUCCGAUGAAAACUUAUCAAAUCGUCAAGAGGAAGAACCAGAAACUUGUCCAAAAAUGAAGGAGUUAGCAGCAACGUCAGCGAUUUCUGCAGCGGCAAGCGGAUCAAAAAAAAGUUCAUUGGUCAGUAGGUGUCGCUCUCAAGGCGCCAGACUUCUGGCUUGUAUCCGAGGAUGGUGGCGACGUAGGACACCUGGGAAACGCAAGGAAAAUCGUAUUCCGUUUGCUGCACGCGGAUUAUGUCCCUUAUCUCCGGACGCAAGGCGUCGAGCUGCCAGUCUUUUGGAUCAACGCCUCCUGAGGUCCCCCUCACCGACUCGUGCAGUUGUAUGGAAGUUCAAUACAGUGAACGAAGCCCUCGUUCAAUCUUCUCGAUGGAAGGAAUAUACUUUUGACGUAAAACCUGACGAAUGCGGCGAGUACUAAUUUUCCAAAAAUCUGUGUGUGAUCAGACAAAUUCCGUAUGUUGUAAUCUUGUUUCGUUUAUCUCGUAUGAAUAAAGGUUUAAGUGACCA